CAUUGGAUAUAACAUCAGUAUCCAAGGCUGGCAAGGAAGAUCCAACUGUCGAUCCCUCCAGUCCAUUCCUUCAUUCAAAAGAAGAGACACUCCCUCGAUAUACACUCAUUCAUCUCCAGUAUUGUCGCCUAAUAUUCGUCACUCUUCAUCGAGCUGCGACAUCGCCAACAACGCACUGGAGGACACAUACAGGUCAAUUAUACGUAUAGCAUAAUCAGCAAACAGCAAGGCAAGGAUCAGAGCUUCAUCUACUCUGAGUCCUGGUCGACUUCAUCAUCUUCAGACACAGUAACCCGCAACAAUGGACGCAACAUACACUAUGGCACAGACCCCAGUGCAGGGACAGCCAUCAUUUGCAUACUACCCAACAGAGUCGCAAUCGCGGCAGCAACAUUUCACCAGUCACCCGUCUGAGAUGCAGUACUAUGGACAAGUGCCGCCUUUCCCACAGCAACAAGCACAACAACAGCAUAGCAUGCCAGAACAACAGCCCGUCUACGCUGCUCAACCUAUGUUGAACAUGCAUCAGAUGGCCACAACCAAUGCCUUUCGAGGUGCCCUGAGCAUGACUCCCAUUGCCUCCCCACAGCCAACUCACCUCAAGCCUACCAUCAUCGUGCAGCAGGACUCCCCAGUUCUCAUGCCUCUGGACACGAGAUUCGUCAGCAAUGACUUCUAUGGGUUCCCUUCGACCCCACCUCUGUCCACAUCUGGAAGCACCAUCAGCAGCCCCCCGUCCAGCAAUGGCUCUCUUCAUACCCCGAUCAACGAUUGCUUCUUCUCAUUUGAGAAGGUGGAAGGGGUGAAGGAGGGUUGCGAGAGCGAUGUUCACUGUGAGCUCCUGGCCAACACGGGCUGGUCGCGGUCUGACUCGCCUCCUUUGACACCUGGUGUUGAAAGAUCAUGUUGCGGGGACUGUGUUUGGGAAGAAUCUAGGGCUAAGCAGGGGCUAACUGAACCCGUUCCAGUGUUUAUCCAACCUCCAUCCCUCACCGCCAGCCAGAGCUCAGAUCUCCUAUCGGCUCAUGGGUCCUGCCCAUCCCUUUCUCCAUCGCCCUCUCCGGACUCGUCAACGUUCAUCUCUCAUUCUCAGUCAAUUCUCUCAGUUGAGCCCUCUGGAUCCGACUUCUGCGAUCCUCGACAGCUUACCGUCGAGUCGUCAGUCGGAGCACCUGCAGAGCUACCGCCAUUGCCUACUCUUUCCUGCAAUGAGGAGGAACCUAAGGUUGUUUUGGGCAGCGCAACUGUGACAUUGCCGGUUCACGAGGGCUUGUCGCCUUCAUUCUCCAGCUCCUCCGAGGAUCCCCUCGGUUCAUUGCCCACUUUCGACAGUUUCUCCGACCUUGAUUCGGAGGACGAGUUUGCCAACAAGCUCGUCGACUUCCACCCCAUUGGAAACACCUACUUCCUGGGAGAUAAGCGGCAACGUCUGGGAACAUACCUCCUUGAUGAAGACGAGUUCUUGAGUGAACGCAGCUUGGAAGAUUUGGACGACCACGAGGCCUUUGCCCAAUCCGGUCUUCCUUCCGUGGAGUCCUGUGAUCUUCUCGCAGCCGAAGGUGAUGUUACACAGAACACUGAGGAAAUGAGCUCGAAGAAGAGAGCUACCUCUCGCAGGUCGCUUAAGAGGGCCAGCACGUCGGAGAGCAGCUCGGAUAGCCUUGCCAAGAAGACUCAGGCUUCCGCCACCAGCCGCUCUGGUCACUCUGAGACGACUUCCACAAUCCAGCAGUCGACUGCCUCUUCGCGUCAGAACUCAACCGCCAAUACAUCCAGCUCUGAGUCCCCGGCUGCUCCUGUCUCAGUCAACCGUCGUGGUCGCAAGCAAUCCUUGACCGACGACCCCUCGAAGACCUUUGUCUGCUCGCUCUGCUCUCGUCGUUUCCGCCGUCAGGAGCAUCUCAAGCGUCAUUACCGCUCGCUUCACACUCAGGACAAGCCGUUUGAAUGCCAUGAGUGCGGCAAGAAGUUCUCCCGCAGCGACAACCUUGCUCAGCAUGCCAGGACUCAUGGCGGUGGUUCCAUUGUGAUGGGCGUUAUCGACACAAACAGCUCGAACACCCAACCCGCGUUCGAUGAGCCUGAGCCGCGGGCUCUGGGCCUCGCUCUGUACGAGGCCGCCAACGCCGCGACGAGCAAGUCGACAACGAGCGAGUCAUCUGACGGAACUAUUUCAGACACGUCGUCCGUCGGUGGGCGGCCUGCCAAGAAGCGCCGACGGGAGGACCACGUCUGAACUUCCGUUCGCGAGACUACUAGAAGCUCUAUAAUGAUGCGAUGAGACCAGGAGCUCUCCUAAUACUUAA